AUGGAUGAUUCAACAAAAGAAAAUCAUCCGAAUGUUUUCGUGCAAUACAUAUACCAACUGAUAAAACAAUUUCGUUUAUGGUUAACUGAUCUAUAUAUUGGUUCAACAUUGGGAACUUGUGCUAAAGACCAUGUUUAUGUUGUUGAUAGUGUUCAAACAUAUCUACAUUGUUCUCAUAUACGAUAUGCUUAUCCAUAUUUAUGUUCAUCAACAAUUAUUAUUCAAUAUUAUGUUACAUCACAAUUAUCGACCUAUCGCGGAAUGAGAAUGGAUUUUGAACUCGCUGAUCGACCUACAAAUGAUAAUUGUCCAAAUUCAAAUGGAACAGUAACAGCUGAAUCAGCUACAACACCAAUAAUAACAACUAUUGAUCCACAUCUUACUACGAAUACAUCUAUUUAUGCUACACUAGGAAUUGCAUCACCUAUUCAAAGUUUUCAACUUUGUCAAUCAUUUACACUAGAAUGUCCAAAUAAUUAUGGUUUAAUUAUAAUAACAAAUAUAUUGGGUGUUACUCAAUCUGAUCAAUGUGAACAACAUGAUGUAGUGGAACAUUGUGUUAUUAUGUAA